AUGGCCGUGCCGAAUGCUUCCUUCUGGGACCUUGUCAGCAUUUCUAUGCUCGUCGUCGGUCUUGCUGCUCUGACAUCCAUCUAUCUCAUUGCUGUUGGAGUGUGCCGUCUGUACUUCCACCCUCUAGCGAAAUAUCCCGGUCCUAUUUUCAAUCGCGUCUCUUCGAUCCCUUUAAGCUAUAAGCUCCUCCGCGGCCGCCUUCCAUUUUACGUCAAACAGCUGCAUGAUGUGUACGGGCCUGUUGUUCGGCUGACACCGACGGAGCUGUCAUUCAACUCGGAAAAAUCAUGGAAAGAUAUCUACGGCAGCCGUCCUGGGCAUCAGAACUUUCACAAAGAUCCAGUUCACGUCGGAUCAAUCCAAACAGUUCCUGGUGUCGUCACUAUCACCAUGGCCGGUGAUGUCGACCAUACACGUCAACGCCGAGCUCUCUCGCACGCCUUCAGCACCAAGGCCCUCCUAGAACAAGAAUAUCUCAUCAAAAACUACGUUGAUAUUUUCCGUGAUAAGAUGAACGAGUUUGCGAGCACUGGUCAGGUUUGCAACAUCGCCGACUGGUUUUCUUACACAACUUUCGACAUCAUCGGCCAUCUUUCGCUUGGUGAGCCAUUCGGUUGCCUGACGAGCAGCGACCUCAGGUUCUGGGUUCCGGUCAUCUCGGAGUCCAUUAAGGCGGGUGCCAUCGAACAGGCGAGCCGCCGGCUGGCGACAACGGGCAGCAAAUUGCAGCAUCUAUUCCUCAAAGUGUUUGCACCAACGGAGCUGCGUGACCAAAGGAGGAAGCAUCUCCAAUACUCAAGGGAGAAGAUCAUGCGACGAAUCCAACAAACCGGAAGUCAUCAGCACCGAGACUUCCUAUACUAUCUUAUGAACCAGAAAGACAAGGAAAACUUGAACCAGGAUGAAAUUAUUGUCAACGGUGCCCUGUUCAUUAUCGCCGGCUCCGAGACGACGGGAAGCUUCAUGGCAGGGCUUUUCAACCACCUUCUCAGACCCAAGAAUAGAGAUGUCUUGGACAAACUUGUCGCUGAAAUCAGAGGCUCUUUCAAAAGUGACCAAGACAUUACGUAUGAAGAGCUCGUCAAGCUACCAUGGCUGUCAGCAGUGCUCGAGGAAGGCCUGCGAAUCUUUCCCAGUGCUCCCAUCGGUUUCACAAGAGCCGUCCCCGGUGGUGGCGACAGUGUGGAUGGGAAUUUCCUCCCCGCCGGUACCACCGUGUCGACUUGCAUGUGGGCGGCGACUCACACUGAGGACAACUUCAAAGAUCCGUACGAGUUCCGACCCGAAAGGUGGCUUGACAAGGCCAAUGCGACGGACAAGCUAGGCGCAAGCAAUCCUUUUUCCCUGGGCCCGCGCGGGUGCAUUGGUCGCAAUCUAUCAUACAUGGAACAGAGGCUAAUUACAGCGAAGCUGCUAUGGCACAACGAUGUCGCCAUGAUCAGCGAUGAGUCUUGGGCCGAGUGGGAUCCGAAGAACGACCACGAAAAUAUGCAGGUGUUUACAAACUGGAUCAAGGCACCAUUAAAUGUCAGGUUGUCACCUCGAAAGGCAUGA